CCUCCAAAUAUCGCGAGAACUUAGACAGUUCGAGAAGAACGGGUCCAAGCAAGGCAUAGCAAUGUUCAUAUUUAGCAGCACCAACAACAACAAGCUUCAGGGAAAUGGGCUUUCCGAUGUGUGGACUGAGCGAACGCUGAGCUGUGUGUGUGCUUCAGUCGCAGAUGAUAACACCUGGCUGGGAUGAACAGCAUGCAGCCUCAUCUCUUUGGAUGUUCAUCUGACGAUGACUAUGAGACUGACCUUUUAAUACAGACAUCAAACUUUGCUGCUUUUUUAAGGAUCUUCCUUUUUUGCUGACUCAAAAUAGUUGAUACAAAUAAAUAAUGUAGCACAAAUCAAACCCUUGGAGAUAUUUGACCAUUUUAAAACCCAUUUUUAUGGGUCCAGAUCGUUUUUUUUACUUCUGUAUUUCAGAUGUUGCUGUGCACCACAUUUCACUUCACACUGGUGUGUGAAUGAGAGGACAGAUGUGCCGUGUUUGCCCCAGUCAUUUACCCCCAGCUGUGCAAUCACGUGAGGUUUAUUUUGCAUGUUUGAAGUGACCCGACUGAACCGAGUCCCACACAUUUCACAAAGAUGAACGGCUCUCUUUUAACCCCACCCAGUCCUCGGGCUGCCAACUCCUCUCCAUUGCCCCCGUCACCUUCUCCAUCUCCAUCUCCACCGUCUCCCUCUCUGUUGCCCUUGACCUCCAGGCCUCCCCCCCUCCCGCCUCUGGUGAGCCCACCUCCCCAGGCGCACACACCCUCCCUGUCUGACACCCCCACACCAUCCCCCUCUCCUUCCCUGAGCUGGACCGAAUUCUGUGAGCUUCACGCCCGCGUUGCAGCCGGCGACUUUGCACGUCACUUUCGGGCAUUUCUUCUUGAAAACCCACACUACACAACAGACUCUGCGGCUGCCUUCUGCCGGCGCUUCACCGACCGCUUUGUUCGUCAUUUCCAGAGCGAGCUGGAGGGGUCGCUCCCCCAGAGCUGUGCUGCAGGCCAUGAUGAGAUGGUGAGCUGGGCUCCUCCAUCAGAUGCCACCUCCCUGGAAGAGGAAGCGGUCUCUCCACUGUCGGGCACUGGGGGAGCAGGCCUCCCAUGUCCCCCCUCCAACACGGUACGAGCUUCAGCCAAGCUUUUCCCGUCACGGUUGGUGUUGGAGAACAGAGUCAGUGACCGGUUUCAGGAUUCUUAUGCCCAUGGCCAUGUCCUGCCACCCUCCUCCUCAUCGUCAUGCUGCUCUUCUGUGGGGGGUAACAAUGGAAGGCGUGAGGAGAAAGGCGUCAUGCUCUGUCCUGGGAAUGGAGAAGCUCCGGUUGAGGAAGAGGAAGACAGCUGGCUGGGCGUAGCUUCAGUUGGUGAGGAUGUUGAGCCAGACGAGCAAGAAGCAGAGUCCUCAGAGGCUGACCAUACAGACGCCUCCCACACUCCUCAGCUUCCUCUUACUUCUGUCAUUCCUCCACUUGACUCCAAAGGUAACGGUACCCCCAACUCCAAAAACAAACUCAAGAAACGCUUCUCACUGCGCAACGUGGGUCGGAGCGUAAGGGGGAGUGUCCGUGGCAUCUUGCACUGGAGGAGCUCCUCCAGUGAUGCCAGUCAGAGUCCGCUGCCCUCCAGCUACAGCUACACCAUGGGUGUACAGGAUGCUAGCCUGGCCUCCAAAAGGACCUCUGGUACUCAGCCCCCUACACCCACCUCCUCCAUGCCUGUAUCCCUGUCCAUGCCCCUCUCCCUUCCUCACUCCUCCUCAUCAUCUCUGCCCCCCUCAUCUUCAAGCAGCGCCACUUCUCUGUCUCUUUCGGAAGCUGCACGUGAUCGGAGGAGGAGCAACGGUGAAGGAGGUGAGAAGGACAAGUGGAGCCAUCGUUUGGAGAAACUUAGAUUGUCACGGUCACCUCCCCCCAUUCUUUCACAAACCACCACCAGCUCGCACCCCAACUCCUCCUCGCUGCCUCCAAGCAGUGCAGUCGCUGCCAUGGGUCCUCCGAGGAAAGUGGGCCGGCUAGUGCGGGAGGGUGGAGUUAGUGUUAGUUCGUCCAGUGAUGAAUUAGGUGGAAGCCAUGGCUUCUCUGGCUUCUCAUUUGCUCUGCUGCACCAUGGCACAGACAACAACAACAUGGGGACUGCUCCAUCAUCAGGAGCCCCGGCAGGUCCAAUUCAGCCUUUGGCCAGUGGAGGAAACAUGCCCUGGAGAGGAGGACGCUGGCAUAAGUGUCGUCUGGUUCUCAGAGAGCGAGACCGAGAGGGUGGUGAGCGGGGAGAGGAGUACUACCUUGAAUUCUUCAUCCCACCCAAAUCAUCGAAGCCUCGGUUGACUGUCCCCUGCUGCUCCAUUGUGGAUGUGAGGAGCACCACGGCGCUGGAGGUUCCCGACAAAGAGAACACCUUCCUGCUGCAGCUGGAUGGAUUGGCGCAGUACGUGAUCGAAACACGAGAUGCUGUUCAGAUGAGAGCCUGGCUGAGUGACAUAAGGAACGGCAUCUGUCUCAGCGAGCAGGAAGAUGCUGAAGGUGUGUGUGGCGGGCCGUUAGACAUCAGUGGGACACCUGAGAUAGGAGAACGUCUUUCACAAGUGUGUUAUGGGGGAAUUGGGGGCUCCUCUCCUCUGAUGGACCCUCUCCCACCGGAGCUUCCGCCUCGAGCACCUCUCGAUGAACCAGACGGCAGGAUUCUUGGGGGAGGUGGGGCUAGUCUAGGCACACCUUUUGCUGAGACGCCAGAUGCUACAGGAUCCUUCCUCUUCUCUGACGUGGUGACGGCCGAGGCGGUGGAGCACCCGCUCAGUGAGUGUCAGUGGUUCCACGGUACGCUGUCGCGUCUCAAAGCCGCCCAGUUGGUGCUGGCUGGAGGCCCAGCAAGCCAUGGCGUCUUUCUGGUCCGUCAGAGUGAGACAAGACGGGGAGAAUACGUCCUCACCUUUAACUUUCAGGGCAAGGCCAAGCACCUCCGCCUGUCCCUGAAUGAGGACGGUCAGUGCCGAGUGCAGCACCUCUGGUUCCAGUCUAUCUUCGACAUGUUGGAGCAUUUCCGGGUGCACCCGAUUCCCUUGGAGUCCGGCGGUGCGUCUGAUGUCACGCUCAUCAGCUUCGUGGGCGCCACCGCAGUUCGGCAGCCAGACUUGACCAGCAGACCCCGUAGUCCACCUCAGCCUCCUCCUCUACCACCAGGACGCCCGCCUCCACCAACUCCACCCCAGGAAAGAGGAAAUGAGCCAGAGCUGGGAGCAACAGGAGGAGCAGCAACAGGAACUGGAGGGGGAGGAGCAGCAGCAGCAGUAGGAGGGGGAGGAGGAGUGUCUGCAGGGAUGGUGGCAGCCACAGCAGCUGCAGCUGCAACACCAGGAGGAGGAGGUGCCAGCAGUGGAGGGGGAGUAGAGGACUGGGAAGACAGGGACACUCCUCUUCGCCAGUUGGAAGCUGUAGAGGGUGAAGAGAGGGAGGGUGCAAGGGCCCCUCGAGCCAUCGAUAACCAGUACUCCUUCUUCUGAUGGAGUGGCAGCCGGGAGGAGGUGGAGGAAGAGGAUGUUUGUGUGGUUUUGUGUGUGAGAAAGUGAGAUUGGAAGAGGCGGCGUAUGUCAUAGCCAUUCAUAACCAGUAUUUUUAUUUUGCUAGUGAAGAGGAGGAGGUGUAAAAGUACUAACACUAUACGAGACUGAGAGAGGGCCGGUGGGAGCAGCUUUACAACACUAACUAGCCGUACAUUUCUUUACUUUUUUAGCCAGAUAAGCUUUGUUUUGCCGGUGCGCCUCUCAGAAGACUCUUCAUCCUAGAUGAGGACUCUGGAGUCAGCAGACCUGAUACCUCACAGUGGUCCUGCCAAGACAGCACAUGUUAGUCAGAGGCCAAACACUCUACAGAUGUUUCUACUGUGGCAGAGAGACCCAAAACGUUACACCUACACUGAGCCGCGGUGGUGAUGCUCCUCAGAAACCGCUUCAGGUCACCACGCAAACACCACUUCUCAUGGGCUCGACACACGGGAGGCGACAAACGACCGCGAUCAGCGAAAUUUGUUGCCGUCGCUUUUAUUACCUGACACACGGGAGGCGAUCCACGGCAGCGGCCAGCGGCAAAACCGUCUACGCGUUCUGUUCCAUGGUGAAAUCGAAUCUUCCGUUGUUUUGAUUGGCUGUGUCAGGUUGGAGGGAAUUGAGGUUAUUUAAGCGGUUCAGAGUUAAUAAAGUGGUAGAUAUGUUUCACAAGGUGCUGCUCGAGUUACUUCUGAUUUUACUAUAAAACAUAAUAAUAAUCAACUUCUCCUUCAUGUUUGCUCGGAGAUGUAUGGAGCAUCCUGUCCGCUCAUUGGUCAGUGAAUGAAACCUCCGUUGAUUGGUCCUCGUCCGAGCGACAGCGAUGAAAAGUUGAAAAUGUUUCAACUUUCUGGGAUUGCGUCGCUGGGUUGCCUGUGCACGACAUGUGCACGAGCGCAAAAUUUGACGCGUGUUUUUCGCGUUUCGCUUGGUAGGAGGGAGACCCGCGAUUAUCGCUUUGUCGCGCAUGUCUCAUUGAAAAUGAAUGGAGGAGAGGCGAUGUAGCCUCCCGUGUGUCGAGCCCAUUACUCUGAGGAUGAGUAACAAGGCUCAAACUCCCAAUCCAUGCCUCAUUUCUACGUUUCCUAGACUUUUGUCUUCAUCGGUACUAAUCCAGCUGUUCUGAAGGUCUUCCAGUUUCAUUUUUGGGAGAAUUUGGCUGAUGUUUUUUAGUUCGUUUCAGUUUUUGUUUCAGAUUAUUGAUGGAUUUUCAAAUCCUUUGUGUGUGUGGAGAGUUAAUUUUUUUGUUUAAGACUAGUUUCCACCUCAGAACAAUGCUGCUGAUUGCUAAGUUUCCAGCUUAUGGCUUUGGACUAUAAAGAAUAGAACAGCAGCCCAAAUCCAAAGAGGAACUUUAGACCCUCAUAAAGUCUGGAGACCUACUGAUCUAGAUUACCAAGGUCUGGCUGCUGGUUAGGAAAUUCUAAAGAAAUGAGGACUGGAUCUGGAGUUUAAUCCAUAAGAGUUCACAAUGUUUACAAUAUUUAAUAGUUUUUUUCUCUUUUAGAUAUUUGAAUUGCUAAAUGGGUUUGUGGUCUUUAGUCAGAAUACUUUUAUCUGUUCAUAGAAACAACUAAACUUCAGGUUAAUAAUUCAAAUAAAGAUGUGAAAAAUACACAGAAAUGUAAAAAGUGAGAGAGAAAAUGGAUUUCCAUCCUCCAGAAGGACAAAUGCAUUUAAAAAACGUCAAACAUACAAAUAAUAAAACCCUCUGAAAUAAAUAGGAAACUUGGCUCUGAGCUGCCAGCUGAAAUAAGGCAUGGCAGCUUUAUUUGUAUGAAUACAUACACAGGGGCAAUUCAGUGUGCUUUCCAGUAGCGAGAAUAAUGUAACGUUAAAAUCAGCGUGACGGCACAAUUGAAACAAAUUUCAGAUUUAAGAAUCAGAAAAAGGAAAAAGUUAAAAGGUGGGCGAUUACAGUGCAGAGGGUAAUUAAAUAGGCUGAUGAAUACAUGAAAGUUUUCCGUUUUGAUUUAAAAGUUACUAGAGUUGGGGCUCAUUUGAGGUCAUGAGGAAGCUGAUUCCAUGUGUGAGCAGCUUCACCCUGUUUGGUUCUGACCCGAGUUUCUACCGGCCGACAAGACCAUUCCUGUGAGCGGACGAGUUUAACUGAAAUAAAGCGUUUUAUUUCUGGGUAUAAAUUCAGGCUAUAACUCAUAUUUAAGAUGAAUGACAUCUCACUAGAGCCAACAGUAAUAUUUAUUAUACACUGAGCCUACCUUUGCUCUCAUAGGUUUACAAUAGCAUGAUAUGGAACCUUUAAAAUAGGAGCAUCAGCAGAACUUAUGCUCACCAAUUUCUUUGUUACUGUUCAGAAAUCUGAAACUGUUCCAUCUUUGUCUUUUUCAGAAACAUCUGAAUUUUCUGGCUCUCUCAGACGGCAUUUGAUUAAACAAGCUUCAUCUGUUUUUACAUGAAUAUUCACGGAUCCAGAACCAGUAAAUCUGGUUUAACUCCGAGUUACCCUCCAGCUCAGAGAUCUGAGUGUAAGUGAGUUAAUCUGGAGAUAACCUGGUCUCUCAGGCUGGUGAUCCAAUUUGUUAUACACUACUCAAUUAAACCUGUGAACUCUUCAUAGAGUUGGUUUUAUUGAUUUGAUUUGAUAAAACUUUUAACAUUUCAAGGAUUUACUCAUAAAUGAAGUUAAUUAUUACAAAUGAUAUUACCAAUUAAAACCAUGCAGUCACUUUUAAGUAUGAGUAAAUCAUCACUCCCUAUUUUGAUCAAGUUCUUUGGUAUAUUUAAAAUUAAAUAAAAAGGUCAAGAGAUAAAUGUUUUAAGGGCUUUGACUAUUUAAAUUUACUGGAAAAGAUUUGAGUUUUAUACUUUUUCUCAUUUAAGAUGACACAUUUUUUACACCACACCCACGAAUGUUUGACCAUUGUGAGGAAAAAUAAAAUGUGGCGUGUUGACGUUGGACAGUGUGUUAACGUUUUGGGUCUGCAGUAGGAAGGAAACCUUUACCUCAGACUCACUCAGCAGCAUCUCUCAGUACUGAUAUAUGUCUCUCCUCUGUUUCUGACUCACACAAACCCUCAAGAGCAGAGCUGUGCUUUCUUUCAGAGAGAAACGAUAAAAUAAUGGAAAUAAUAGUAAUAACGAUGGUCAGAAUAUUAGUAUUAAAUGUGUUUUUGACACUUGUUUUUUAUUUUGUAUGCCUACUCUAUGUAACACUUAUUCCAACUCCAUCUCAGUUGAAAUGUCUUUGUGCCUUUUUUAUUUUGGGGAUGAAAAGAAGGAAAAUGGUUAAAAGGUUUUUUUUUUCUUAUUUUCACUGUGACAGUUUUCCCUCACUGUUCAUGUGUUCUCCUCCUCGAACUCAUCCUGCAUUCAUCAGGAGUAAAAAAUAAUCUAGCAGAAAAUGUUGAUAGCUACUUUUUUCUAGUUGUGCCUUUCUCUGUGUGUGUCUGGUCAUCAGCCCGUCUCGGUUUAGAUCUCCGUGUAGCUGACCUGCUCGUUUCUGAAGGACUUUUCUUUGCUCGUCAUGUAUUUGUCUCCAUGCACAUUUUAACCUCUGGUCUUCAUGUUCUGUGUCCUUUUCUCAUUUUAAAAACUCUCUGUGCCUUUCUCUGUCUUUUCUCUCUUUGCUGGGACCGUGUGUUGAGGGCAGACAGAACUUUCUGUCCUACCUGUGUGGUUAGUUUCAGGUACUACAUUGAAUUUAAUGAUAAUGAUAUAAUAUAAAUAUAGUGAAACAUUCA